AUGCGCCAUUUUGGUGUGGUGGAGUACCCCGGUUACCCAUCGGGCCGCAUACACGUGACCUCCCGUCGCUCCGGCUCAGCUCAACUCAACGAAGAAAUAUCUUUCUCCAGCGAAAUUCAUACGCUAUAUAUCGGUAAAGAUGCGCUUGAAGCGGCUGAACCUCCACCCAAAUCCGAAUGUUUAAGAUUUUCUUCCGCAGAAGAUCUGUCCGUUGUGUAUAAUGUGCCGGCAGCCGGAUAUUCUGGUGAAAUGGAGAUUACCGAGGCAUCGUCGAAGUGCUACGCGUUAUAUCACAUUUUCACAACUGCCGUACAACCCGAGAAAAAUACCAAAUUCCGUGUACUACAAGAUGACGGGUACAAAGCAGCGGGACAGCAGGACAUUGGAUCAUUUUGGUUUGCGUGGAUAAACAUCACCUUAACUUGGACUGACUUCUACCGAGACGACAAGGCAACUUUGGAGUGCUCGCCAUGCAUAGGCGGUGUGCGACCGUUUCUGACGGAUAGGCUCCGACAAGCGAGCAAUGCCGUGGCAGCCGCAGUGCGCGCUUAUUAUAAAGUGUCGCUUCCCUCUUCACCUGUGCUGUUCUUUUCACCCGUGUCUUGCGCUCUUUCUACGCGGGGUCAACGAUCGACUAUAAGCCUCCUCGUCCCUUCCUUCCCUUUGAUUCCUUUUGUCUAUUUCUACUAGCUCUUGACGAGUUGGUUUUAAUUAUUACGCUUUAUGUCGUCGACCACAACUACCUACGUCUCUCGUACACCAGUGUUCAACACAAUGGAUCCUUUCUCGCGAACGCGUCGAGUCGACGAAGCUCGGAGAGCUGGUAAUACACUCCGGAAAGCCCCAGUUUUCCCCGAUGGCGUCUCUACUCGGGAGUCACGCUCCCUCGAUCUCGAGAUGAACCGACGUCUUCCCAUCGGACCUCGCUCCAUGGGCUCGGGCAGUCACAACAACUCAAGCACCGUAUCAUCGCGUGCAAGCAGAGAACCAUCAGACAAACGGAAAGCACAGGCUGUUCGAAGACAAGGAUCCCUUUUCAGUGUCCCUGUUGCGCUGAACCCAGCCGCGAACAUCUCGACUUCGUCACUGUCGUCUGUGUAUUCUCAAGCAUCUGUCUCGAGUGCGGUUUCUCUAUCAGAGGUGAAAGGAUUCUCAGCUGCCCGUCGACGGAAUGCCAACGUCCCUGCUCCUCUUUCUCUGAACCCGAGACCUAGUCCGUCCUCCGUCUCAAGCCAGAUUCCGAAAGAACCGUCCUCUUCACAUCCAGCGCACAGACGCUCACAGACAAUAUCCGUUACUCUGGCGUCCAACCCGAAUUCGGGCGUUGGGACCCCUACACCUCUCACACCUUCCUUCCGCUUCCGAGCAGCUGCGAUCCCGUCUCAACGUCGCAAGAAGCUCGCAAAACUAGCUCGAACACUCGGAGAGAACGUGCCAGCAGAUCUUGUCUUCCCUUCAUACCCCUAUCAUGAUAGUUCCGCUCCGACUACACCUGUUUCAGCGAAAGAAGAUACAUUGCGGGACGUCUCGUACGCUGACAUGCCCAUGCCCUCGUUGAACAUGAACACGAACACGCGGCGCAAUUCUGUUGCGAAAAGGCCGGAAAGGGAGAGCGGGUACCGCAGAAUGUCAUUGUCAGCUGGAACUUUACAUGUCCUUGAUGCGAAUGUGCUUCGUCGACUAUCUAUCCACAAGAGGAAUUCCAAAGGAGUAUCGAAUUGGAAGCCUCCGGCAGAAUGGGAGUUAGGUCCGUCUGAUACAUAUACACCUGUCAGAGACGAUCGUGACGAAGAUGAAUUGCUGGGCUUGUGGAAUGCGGACAGUUACGACGCUGUGAUGCACCGUUUACGACACUUGAAGAGGUGAUUCGAGAUCGCUCCCGUGAUUAAUUAUUCUUCUUCAAUUUCUUCUCUUAUAUUAUGACAUGAUACAUACUGAAAUCUUUACCAUUUUACUCUUAUACGUUCUGGUUAACGCUUGAAACCCCAUUCCUGUAAUGAGUCUAUUAUAAUGCGUUGCAUGCCCUAUAUUUAUUAGCUCCGUAUUGUAUUGCAUAAAGCAAAAUAUCUAAUUAAUGUUAUAAUACGCAUAUUCUGUUUAC